CAGGGAGGGAGCAGUCAGACGGCAGCUGAGGCUCACGGUGCAGCAAACAUGUCGGUGGAACUGGACGGCAACAUUUUGGUGACCGGCACCAACAGAGGCAUCGGUCUGGACCUGGUCAAAAUGCUGGCUGAGAGGACGGGACAGAGGAGUCACAUCUACGCCUGCUGCAGGGAGCCUGAGGGCAGCAGGGCUGAGGCCCUGAAGGAACUUGUGACUCAGUACCCUGGAAAGAUCACAUUAAUCAAACUAGAUGUCUCAAAUGAAGACAGUGUGGUAUCAGCUGUCCAGGUUGUCAGUGCACAUGUCGGAGCUGCCGGGCUGAACCUCCUCAUCAACAACGCUGCCGUCAAUAUGCCAGAAAGACCCGCCCUGAUGUCCGCCACAGGGAAACAGGACAUGAUGUUGUCAUACGAAAUCAACGUGGCUGGACCGUUUCUGAUCUCCAAGAUGUGUCUGCCACUGCUCCAGAAGGCAGCAGAGAUUCGCUCCUCUGACGACGGUGAUAACAUGUCCUGCAGGAGAUCGGCCAUCAUCAACAUUUCCACGCUGUUCUCGUCUAUUGAGAAAUGUCCAGAGACUUUUCCCAUGGCACAGAUGGUUCCUUACAGGACCAGCAAGGCGGCGCUGAACAUGCUGACUUGCUGUCAAGCUGAGGACUUCAAGACUCACAAUAUCCUGGUUGCAGGACUCCAUCCCGGCUGGGUGCGGACUGACAUGGGAGGAGAAAUAGCUCCUCUGUCCACCGAGGAAAGUGUACGUGGCAUGUUGAAUGUGAUGUCAUCACUUAGCAACAAGGACAGUGGGUUCCUUUUGGACUGGGAAGGCAACAGAAUUCCCUGGUAGCAGCAACCUUCAGGUUCAGAACGGGAAAACCUUACAGAGAAUUCCUGCGGAUGAAAGAAAAAAAUGAAAGAGUACCAGGGUGGUGCAGCCACACCAGCGCCAUCUUGGACCAGAGAAUACAUUAAAAUCUAAAUAUGCAUUGUUUUCUUUCAAUAAAAUCUGAUAAUAAUCAA